AUGUUCGCCGCGCGCCACGGGCUUGGGGCCCUCCUAAAGGAUGGUUACCGCACCUUCACAGGCAUUGAUGAGGUGACUGCAAAAAAUAUCGAAGCCUGCAAAACCCUCACAGACAUUCUCAAAACAUCUUUGGGCCCAAACGGGCUGAGUAAGCUGGUCGUGAAUGCGUGGGGAAAGCGCUCUGUAACAAAUGAUACCGCAGCAAUCCUCAGGGAUCUUGAAGUGCAGCACCCCGCAGCGAAGUUGCUCGUGAUGGCUGCUGAAAUGCAAAAGCAAGAAAUGGGAGGCGGUUGCAACUUCCUUAUCGUUAUUGCCGGUCACCUGCUCACGAAUGCAGAUUACCUGCUGCGUCAGGGGCUGCAUCUGAGUGAUGUCAUUCAAGGCUACGAACUGGCGCUUGAGAAGAUCCCGUCUUUCCUCGAGGAGGCCGCCUGCCACUCCGUCGACAACCUCAAGGAUGCCAAGCAGCUCGAGCCCGGGCUGAGAACGGUCUUGGCUAGCAAGCCGCUGUGUAUAGAGGCGGGUCUGUCUGCGUUGCUGGCAUCCGCAAUAGCCUCAGUGAUGCCUCCGAAGUUUGAAGACUUCGACCCUGACAACAUCCGGGUUGCCAAGUUGCAGGGUGGCCGCCUCAGUCUGUCUACGGUUCUCAACGGAAUGGUUAUCACCAAACCACCUCACGGUACAUCUCUCGUACUAACUUUGCGCCCUCCAGCUAAUGAGACUUGCUCUCUCGUGUGCAAGCGCCGUUCUCUGCACAAAUUCGAUACUGCGGGCACUGUUGAGUCGAAGGCGAACUGCAAGGUGAUGGUCUUGGGUUGCGGCCUCGAAUGCACUACAACCGAAGCCAAGGGGACAGUUCUUAUUCACACUGCGGAAGAAUUGAAGAACUUCACUAAGGGAGAGGAGGCACAGAUGGAGGAUAUCAUCAAGGGCAUCAAAAAUGCUGGUACUUACUUGCUGCCCUACAACUUUAUAUCUCCUUAUUUCUGUUGUGUGAUAACAGAGGGCGUGCGCCACCAGACGCUGUUGGUGAUGCCGCAACAGAUACAAGCUCGUGGCGUUGAAGCAAUUAUUGUGCACGGAGGUGGCAUCGCGGAUAUAGCGCAGCACUUUUGCAACAAAUACGAGAUUCUUACGCUUAAGGUCCCAUCCAAAUUUGAGACUCGGCGUCUGUGCAGGGCACUAGGUGCGACAGCCCUCGUUCGUCUGGGCGUGCCUAUGGCUGAUGAGCUUGGAGUAGCGGAAUCGAUUCGAACGAUCGAAAUCUCCAGUACAAAAGUAACUCAGAUCCUGUGCAGAGACACUCGCGUGCAGACUGUUGUGCUUCGUGGAUCGACCCCGUGUGUCUUGGACGAGGCGGAGAAGGCCGUCGAUGAUGCCUGCGCCUUCGCGAAGGCGCUGACCAAAGACAGGCGCUUUGUCGCAGGGGCUGGAGCGGCGGAAAUGGAGGUCGCGAGGAAGUUGCAGGUGGUUGCAGAGAAACUGCCAGGUGUCGAGCAGUAUGCUGUCCUAAAGGCUGCGGAAGCCUUUGAAGCCAUUCCCAGAAUUUUAGCGGAAAGUGCUGGUCUGAACGCCACAGAGGUACUGGCGGCACUGCAUGCUGCGCAUUCCACUGGGCGGGUGUUCGAGGGGGUAAACGUCGAGGCCUUUCUGAGUGCAGUCGCGUCCAGCCGGGGGGCCUCAGGCAACCCGAAGGUAAACAUGACUGUUGAUGCGAAGGCUUCUGGCAUUCUGGACCACAUGCAGACAAAAGCGUGGGCCUGUCGCCUUGCAUUCGACGCUGCAAUCACCACCCUACGAGUUGAUCAAAUCAUCAUGGCGAGACCAGCAGGCGGCCCUGCCCCUCGCGCCCCAGGAGCUCCCGAUGCAGACUAA